AUGGGUCCAGCUCUUCGGGAGCUCGCCUGGCUUCGGAGCCCCUCUCCAUCCUCCUGCCUAGUCACAAGAAUCGGGUACUCUUUCUCCCGCGAAGUUCGCACCUUCUCCAGGAGUCACCCUCCGUUUUCCUCUAAGAACAGAGCCGUCGUGGUGGCCCGGAGCUCGGCCCUACGCACCAAUGCGCAGACUCGGGAGAGGCAGCGGCUCAAGGAGCAGUUUAAAGCGGCUUACGAGCGAUGCCACACUGCCCCCAUGGAUGGCGUCUCCUUCACCGUCGAGGAAUUCCUGGAAGCUCUGGACAAGUACGAUUUCAAAUCCGAGGUCGGCACCCAGGUAUUGAUCUAUCUUCUCCCGUGGCUCUUGUCUUGUUUCCUCAACUCCCUCAAUGUGGCUGUCUUAUUUGAUCGCUUACAAUCGCGGCUGGACAAUAUGGGAAUUACGCAGUCUAUUACUCCUUUUUGCUUUAAUUCUGCAUUGGAAGAAGGACAAUCCUACUUAUGUGCGCCUAUUGAUACACUCAAAUAGAAUGCGGCAAGAAGGUCAAACUAUGUGGACAUACGGCUAAUGUCCGUUUGGCUGCUGAGCAUUAGACUUGAAUGCUUCAGUAGCGUCAUAUGUUUCUGAAUAGGCGUAGGGACUUCAUUCGCAUCUGGUUUCAUAUCGUAUCUAGUUUUGGAUAUGAAAGGGAGAUGAAUGGACAUUAGAAUGGGUUCACUCCUGUCCACAUUGAUUAGUGGACAGGAGUGAACCCAUUCCUGGUUCAGUAAAAACUCAUUGUAAAGCUUGAUUAACUGCUCUUUGUUGUAUAAAAAUAAGUGUCUGGCAAAGAAAGGGAGUCUGACGAGAGAAGAAAAGGAUGUCAACAGCAACAUGCUCCAUUACUUAAUAAAAUGGCAAUUACCGCUUGAAUAGGAUGUCCAAGAUUACGGCCUAAGAGUGAGUGCUGCUGUCAGUAAUAGAUGCAUAAUAGCCAAGAAAACUGGUGAAUUGUUGCAACCCAGAAAAGUUUUGUCCUGGGGGCACAACAUCUGAGCUAGAAUAACGUGUUGUUUUUUCUGACCUUCGAUUGGAUGAUAGAUUACAGCUCUUCGAAUUCGCUUGCUUUUAUGAUGAUCUUUUCUUCGUUACUCCCAGUAGAACCUACAAAAAGUUUUUUUACAGCAUGGCUGCUUCAAUAUCACACCUCAGGAACUGGAUGUCCUGAAAUUCAGUCGCUAGUUCAAAGAGGAAAGGACAUGAGUCACCCACCUAACUGCUAUCUUGAAGGCACCCCCUCCCAACCUACACCCUUUGUGUAAGAAUGUUUUCUAUAUAUUUAAUGAGUCACUUUGACGUUUAUUUUUGUAAUGCCAUGCGAUUGUGAAUACGAUUGGGGAAAAAUUCAGAGUAACAUUAUAGGCUACGCAGGAUACAUUGGAGAGUCACUUGUAUCUGUUGGGAGAGCUGUGGACAAGUUGAGUAACUAUGACAAUUAUGAUGGUUGAUGAAAGUGCCUCAAUUCCUAGUGGGAACUGUUUUCGUUUUUCUUCUUUCUCUUGUUUGGAGAGAAUGAAUUUCUUGUUGUGAUAUAGGAAAGGAUAACUUCUAUCCUGUGAACUUGACUCCUCUCUUUGUUUCUUAGCCUUUCCUAUAGCCCUCAUCUGCAGAUUUAUUCAACUGUUAUUGCUUGUGCAUCUAACUUUGUAAACCUAAGUAGCUCAUGUUCAUGUGUUCUAAGUGAUGACUGUUAUCUGUUUGAUUAUUGAAAUCUAUAGUGUUGAAUAAACUAGCUGGUAUAAUAUCGUCCCUUUCUAGGGUCAUUUCUUAUCAGAUGUAAGUCUUAUAGUCAUCUGAUUUGAGAUCUUUGAUAAAUGACUGCUGGCUUUAGUUGACACUUUUGUUCUUCUCCCAAGAGAAUGGUGUUACUGGUCUAAUUUUUAUAUGGGGAAUUUGAGUUUAAAUGCCUUUGCCUAAUUACUUAAUGGAAGGGUACUAACAAUAUCUAUUAGCUUAUGACAGCCAUCCAAAAACGAAGGUAGAUGCAUGAGAAUAAUAUCUCUAAGCUAAUGAGUAUGUUCAUGUCUGUGUUUCAUCCUGUGUUUAUUGUAUUGCUAGAGUGCCAGUAUUUGUGGCCACUAAUUUGGUAACUUUUUAUAUCGUCGGCCUUUACUCUCAAUGAAUUACUUUAGCAUAGCAGGAACUGAAAUAACCAUAUUGCGGGAGAAAAUAUGGUUCUUUUACACCUUAUGAAACUUUUUCUAUUAUAAUUUCUUCAUCCAGAUGCAGUGUAUGUUAUUGGGUUUUUGAUGCUAUUAACGUGGUUUACCCCUCUAACUUCUCUUGCUUGCAUAAUUACGAUGAAAUUGUGCCUUUAUACUUUAUAAUACUUAUUUCAGUCUGCUAUUAGUACAUCUGAACCCUCACGAUCUUUCUCUAGUUCCUAAUGGCUGAAUGCUAUUGGGGUUUCUAUAGGUGGGUUACUCUGACUUAUUAAUGCAAUUCAAUUGGGCCACAUUCCCCUCCUAAUUACAGACCACUUCAUUAAAAAUAUGGAGAUAUAUUUUAAGCGAUAAAAUACCACUGAAAACAUUGGGCCCUCAAUCACGUACAUGUAGUAGCCCCACAAUUUUUUUGUUGGAUGUCAUUGAGGGCCCAAUGAGUAGCCCCUCAAUCACAUGCAAUCAAAUUUCGAUGUAUGUCUAGUACCUAUCUCAGUAAGACAUUAUUUACUAAAGUCAAGGAGGGCCAUCUAUCAUCAAUUUGUGAAUGACUUCUUAGAAAUGAUGUCUUCCUUUGCAUAGGAAUUUUUUGACAGAGAUAGCCUCUCUUUCAUUUGGCAAAGUACAUGCAAGCAGAUUGUAACUUAAAGUUGUCGUCCCUAACACGAAUUCUUCCAGACUCCAGUGGCAAGGUAAAAUGUCUCUCUAGAAUGCAUCUUAACUGGAAUGGCUUUCAAGGGUGGGAUGAAAGUACUGAUUUUAAAAUCGUUCCUAGAAUUACUUCUGGAUGGUUUUUGUAUAUUUUCUUUGAUACUGCGUCAGAGUAACAGUGAACGGAGAUUAAUUUUUUGUGUUCCAGAAGUUUUCUUAGAUUAAUGGUUUCAUGCUUGAGGUUGAUGUCUUAUGAUUCCCCGCCUAAGGUUAUUGCCCCAGUGCAUUGUCAAUAUUUUGGAAGAUAAUUUGAAAUUAGAAGUGCCUUCAUUUUUCUCAAUCUUCUGUGGAUUUGCUAAAUCUUGGGAAUGACAGUACUGAGCAUUAUCUUUUAAUCAGAGAUUGUUGCUAAUUUGUCGGUUUUCCAGGUUAAUGGAACAGUUUUUGACACAGAUAUGAAUGGUGCUCUUGUAGACGUCACUGCCAAGUCUUCAGCAUAUUUGCCUGUCCAAGAGGCUUGUAUUUACAGAGUUAAGCAUGUAGCUGAAGCAGGUAUAUUCCCUGGUUUCCAGGAGAAGUUUGUUAUAGUUGGAGAGAAUAAAGAAAACGGCCUGGUUUUAGGUCUACGACCUAUCCAGUAUGAUCUUGCAUGGGAAAGGUGUAGGCAGCUUCAAGCUGAAAACGUUGUUGUAAUGGGUAAGGUGAGAACUUUUGGUGCAAUUUGUUUCUCUCUGUCUUGUUCAGAUCCCUUUGAAUAUUCAGCUCUGUCAAAAGUUUAGAUAUGUUAGUCCUAAAUUAAGUACCUUCAUGAAUGAAUUUUCUAGUUGUGAGAUUAGAAUGUAGAUUGGUCUUAUACUAUGAACAAUAUGUGUCGUUGACUAUGUUUCGAAGUUAGUAAAUCUCAGGUUCAGCUUAGAAGUUGAGAGCCCUAAUUUUUAUUUUUUAUUUCACUGGAUUAAGCCCAUCAGAUUCAAACAUGUUAAAUUGAUAAUUUUAAUUUUUUUCAUUAAUGUUUCUACGAAUUCAAGAGCUUGUUUCUAAUGUAGUUGAUUGUUAUAAGGCGACUUUAAUAUAAAUAUUAGCACUUUCAACCUGAUUAUAUUUUCAUUUUAUUUUGUCUCAUUCAUCUUUGGCCUUAUACUGGAAAGGGCAAUGGGGGAGGGGAAUGGUGAAGGCAGUGAUGAGGCCAGCACUUGACAAAGCUUAUGGGAUUUUUAAGUUACAAUCGCUUCUCCUAAAAUAUAGAUCUCAUUUGAUGGAAGAUAGACUAACCAAAGAUUAUUCUCUGAUAUGAACCACGUUUGAUGCUGUCUAAUAUGAGAACAUCUCUUCACUCCAAUUUCUAAAACAUUUAUCGUUCAUAGUUCACAUAAAGGCUUCAUUUGUCUCCAUUCUCUAUUACCAUUUAGGAGGACUUUUUUUGUUGAAAAUCUCCAUUUAAUUAAUGCUACUCUUUAUUCUUUAGUUGACGUAGAAGACAACUAAACGAAACCAGGAAGGGCCCAAAAGUAACAGUGCAUAUUUUCCUGGAGAUAUUUUAUUUUAGCAAACUGGUAGUAUUUUCCUCUUAUCUAUGUCAUCCUUUAUCAAGUAAUUUUUUUAUUAGCUCCUAUUUUCUUAGAGAUUCAUAAAUAACUCAUCAUAUCACAAGGAGUACUCGAAUGGCUUUUUUUUCCUUAAUUCUUUUUCCCUCUUCCUUUCUUUGUAGAUUUACGUUUUAGCUUUGGCUAAAGUAAGUGGUAUUAAGAGUAAGGUUUCGAAUGCCCAGUUCACCUUUUUGAAUGUCUUAUACAUGAUAGAGGCAAUUAAAUUUCUUGAGAUAAGUUCUCUCUCAAGAGUUGAAUUUCUUGAACUUUAAUGUAAAGCCAAUCAAGCUUUUGGAAAUGUAUUUUAACUCAAUAGUUGUUGGUUAGAAUGACGCUAAUGAAACUCAGUACGGUUCUAGCAUGACAUGUAAUGAUAAUUGAUCAUGGGCACUCUUUUCAAGUUCAGAACCUAAAUUCAUAUCACAUGCCAGUAAUCUUUUCUUUCUAUUAUGGUUUGGAAAUCAAGAAUGAAAGCAAAUAGGCACCCAUGCUCUAACGAAGUUAACUGGAUCAAAAAAUAUUUUAAACUAACACAGCUAAAACUUUUAUAAUCAUACUUACUGCUAAAAUCAUAUAUAUAUAUAUAUAUAUAUACUGUAGAUGAAAUGUGAUAUGGUUGAUAUGGGUACUUAACAUUUUAUUCUAGAAAAUUUAUAAUAAUUUGAUGACAACACCAACCAUUACAUCAUAGACAGCAUCUAUGUCCUUAAAAAAAUAGUAAAAAAGAUCUUGAAUGUCAAAUGAAAGAAGAGGAUUUUCAUGAACAUCCUUUUAAAAAGAAAAGUUUGAUUAUGUUGUUGGAUUGGAAAGAGUUUUAUGAAGAAUUUGCUGAGGUUCUAUUAAGUUUUGCUUGUAGUAAAGAGGUCAGAAUUUGGCAAACUAUCUUUUGGUGAAGUACAACAAUCAAUACAUGCUUUGUUAUUAAGUUUUGCACCAAGGACUUGCUUAACAACAUUCCUCAAAAUUUGGGACAUUCAACAUGAUGACCACACUUUUUGGGCAAGUGGACCUAAUUUCCCUUAUUAGAUAAUGAGCCUCUAAGACAGUUAGAUUCUUUAGUAUGUAGAAUAGUUUUUGGAUAAUGUGCUAAUGUGAGAAAGCAUGAGUCCAUGCUUUUUCUCAAUAUUAUUGAUUUAAAAGAGGGUUGGUAGUAAAUAUAUGUGCAUGGACUGUUGUAUAAUUGAAAAAUUGCAAUAAAAUAUAUAGAUAUCCUGUAUCAUAAUUAUAAAUUUUUUAGUAGUGUUUUGAACGUUAGUAGUGUUUUUCUCUUUUGAAGGAGGUCCUUUAUCUACCUACGGCUAUUAAUCAUUCUUAUUUUCUAGGACACUGAGAAAAGCUCUUUCCGUUAAAGGAAGAUGGAAUGAUAGAACGCCUUGGAACAGAAAUAGCUCUUUCCCCAACUCAUUUUCUGUUUCUUUCUUCUCUUGUGUAUUCAAGGUUCCAUGCUUCACUUUGGCUUCAGCUACCUUAUUAGUUUCUACACUAUUCAAUGAAAUAGAAUCCUUUUUGACAUUAUUUUAAAAAACUUAUAAUAAUUUUCUUGGCUAAGUAGGCAUCUAAUGAGAAAGCAUUGUGUAGUCAAUCUAGAUUGUAUUUUUUCCUGAUUUAGCCGCUAUAUACCAUUGUGAAUUGAAUUGCUUCAAGAGAUGCUGCUGUCUGACAUAAAUUCCGAGCCACCGACUCAAAGUCUAUGUAUGACAUUGUAAAAUGAAUGAAUACUUCAAGAGCCGUUGGAAUUUGAAGCUUCAAGAAGAUUAGCAAUUAAGAUUUCCAUGAGCACUUUGUCCUCAACAUUUUCAAGAAGUUUGCUUCAGAUGAAGCCUUUACAUUAAUUGUUAUCCUUAAAGUUUUUGUGGACUUCAUUUUAGCAUUACUAGCUUUUCUUUUAAUUUGCUUUUGAAUUUUAUAUAUGUAGGAAGGGGUCAUCUGAAAGCUGUAUAUAUUUGCCUAAUAGCUGACUCCGUGAUUGAUUGUUUCAAUUGCUAUCCUCCUUAUUAUGCUUGGCUAUUGCCAGAAAAGUGUCCUUUUCUGAGACUUUAAUUGAAAAGUGUUUCAGUUGCUAUCCCUGAGACUUUAUUCACGCAGAUCAUUGGAGGAAACAGAGGAGGUGUCUUGGUGGUAGUAGAGGGUUUGCGUGGCUUUGUUCCAUUUUCACAGAUACUGACGGUUUGUCUAUUCAAACCAGAUUCUCCCAAUUUUGUUUCAGUCUAUGUUUUUUUACUUUUAGUCCUGGCCUAACCCUAUGCUCUCUUAGAGCAUCUAUGUGACUUACUUUAAGUUCCCCCAAUCCUUUGCCUUCUCAUGUUUUAAUGAACUUGUGUUUUGUUUUAAAUGUGAUGACCAGAAAUCAACUUUAGAAGAGUUAAGUGGGAAGGAGCUUCCUUUAAAAUUUCUGGAGGUUGAUGAAGAGAAAUCUAGGCUUGUCCUCAGCAAUAGCAAAACAAUCUCAGAUAGUAACGCGCAGCCUGCAGUAGGGUCUGUUGUCACAGGAACAGUCCAGAGCUUAAAGCCUUAUGGCGUCCUUAUCAACAUUGGUGGACUAACUGGCCUACUUCAUGUUAGCCAGAUCAGCCAUGACCAUGUUUCUGAUGUUUCAGCAAUUUUUAAACCUGGUGAUGUAUUGAAGGUAUCUAAACUCUGAUAUCUCUGUGCUAGAAUUCGUAGACUACCUCCAAUUAACCAUUCUUUUGAACACUCUACAAAACAGGUGAUGAUUUUGAGUCAUGACCAUGAAAAAGAUCGACUGAGUCUUUCCACAAAGAAGUUGGAGCCAACACCUGGUGACAUGAUUCAUAACCCGAAGCUGGUUUAUCAGAGGGUGGGUUCCUGGGACGUGGAUUUGCAAGCUGUAUUAAAAGUUUAUGGUUAUCAUUCUUUUCUCAUUUUCUUGAUAGGCUGAAGAAAUGGCUCACAUAUUCCUGCAAAGAAUUGCUCAAGCAGAAGCAAUGGCCCGCGCUGACAUCCUAAGAUUUGGGUCAGAGGUAAUAUCUCAUAAAAAAAAAAUUCUGCUUAAGUUAGCCCUAGGGUUAAACAUAAUCCAGUAUGGGGCCUGACCAGCUAUAAAAUAAUCUGGUGUGCUGUAAAUUUCAUAUUAGCUGCAGCAAACCACGACCUGACAGUGUACUUGUAUAGAUGUACUUGUAUAGGAAGACGAUUUGGGGCUGUUGACCCUAAUGCAGGUUAGCCAAAUUGAUUGAUCUGCACAUAAAUGGCGUCAGAAGCCUACAGGCCUAAAUUCGGUGCAUAGAGUAAGAUAGGCUAAUAAUGACAAUCCCAGUCCUGAUCUCUGGCCUGAAUCUGGAUCUGGUGUUCUAGGAUACUAUGUUAUGACAGCUUUGAAUGAUUCUGGACUGGGUAACUAUAGGGAGUCAGCCACUUAAAGAGAAAUAAAAUAAAUCAGUCUUUUCUAUGAGAAAUAUGCGAUUCAUGAAAAAGGCGUGUGGCAGUGAAGAUAUCAUAAAUUCCUACAUAAUCUUUCAAUAAUGUGUAGCUGACUGCUUAUUCUUUUUUUCUUCUUUCUAAUGUGCAGGUUGUCACUGAACUCUGAUGGCACUUCAGGUGAUCUAGAUUCAGACUUAGUGUUCUUCCUCCUACUGCAAGUCUGUAUAUACGACAUUAUUAUUUAUAAUUAUUCCAUAUUUUAUUGUUUGAUAUUGCAAUUGGCACUAUUUUCUGCAUUCCAUCUACCCAACUAUUGGUCUUCUCGAAUUGGUUGA